AUGGCCAUCAAGCACACCAUGCAGCUCCUACCAGCCUUGGUCUUCGCACUAGCCCUUGUCCUUAGGGCAUCAGCAGCAGCAGCUGCAGCGGAGACGAUCCACCUCAAGUUCUACAUGCAUGACAUCGUGACUGGCAGCCCAGCAACAGCAGUGCAAGUCAUCAAAGGCGUGGUGCCGCUGGCAAACGACCCCACCACCCACUUCGGCGACAUGUAUGUCAUGGACGACCUGCUGACGGAGGGGCCGGACGCAGCGUCCCCCGCCGUCGGCAGGGCACAGGGCUUCUUCCAGUUCGCGUCGAUGACGGAGUACGCGCUGCUGCUCACAGCCAACUUCGUGUUCACCGCGGGGAGCCAUAACGGGAGCUCUCUGGCCGUGCUCUCAAGGGACGUCAUCUUCGAUACCGUCAGGGAGCUGCCGAUCGUGGGCGGCACUGGCGGGCUCCGCGGUGUGACUGGGUACGGCCUGCUCCGGACACACUCCGCCAACACCACCACCAGGAACGCGGUGCUCAAGAUUGAUAUGUACCUGCGCAUGUAG